GAGCAGAAGAUAAAAAAAGGAGAAAGAGAAGCUCUCUGUUGGCUUUGCCCUCCUUUCUCCCUCUCUCCCUCUCUCCCUCUCUCCAUAUCUUCUCUCUCGAGGUUUGUUCGAUAAAGUUCUCAUCGAGACAAUACAGACCUUCGCAGGUACUAAGUGGGUUUCUGACAAGGAUGGGAAGUAAUGGUGCUGAUGAAGUAAUGGUAUGCGGAGAUGAGGCAGAAUGUUCUGAGGCCACUGUUGAGAUAAAGAUAAAGACAUUGGAUUCCCAAACUUAUACUUUGCGUGUGAACAAACGUAUGCCAGUUCCUGCAUUGAAGGAUCAGAUUGCUACUGUUACUGGGGUAGUAUCAGAACAACAGCGCCUAAUAUGCCGUGGAAAAGUUUUGAAGGAUGAUCAGCUCCUCUCUGCUUACCAUGUGGAAGAUGGUCAUACUUUGCAUUUGGUUGUUCGACAACCGAUCCCCCCUUCGUCUGCAUCCACAAUGGGUUUUAUGGGAUCUGAGAGCUUACCUGACCACCCAGCAACUGAUCCUACAUUAAGUGCUGGUCAGAGUCAAGGUAAUCAUGUGGCUCAUAGUGUAGUACUUGGAACCUUCAAUAUAGCUGACCAAGGGGAUGGUGUUAUUCCAGAUCUCAACCGGAUUAUUUCAACUGUUCUCACUUCUGUUUUCAGCAAUAUUGGAAGUGGUAGCGAAGGGGUCAAUCAUAGGGAACCUAGUUCGGAAGGACAUGAGAGAACAUCUGGUGCCAGUGGUCUUCCACAGACAGCCGGAUCUCAACCUGAGCAAUCCACCACCAGUGCUCAAUCUGCUCCACCUGGUUUUCGAAUUCCAGCAGCGAUUUCUUUGGGGCCUUUGCAUCCACCAGUUAUUCCUGAUUCUCUGAACACUUUAUCCCAAUAUUUAAGCCACAUGAUGCAUGAAUUCAGUGUGAAUGGCGGAAGCCAGAACAGCAAUGCUCAAGUUGCUGGCAUCCAUGGGAGUGAAGCACGAGAACCAGGUGCUCCUUCACAUUUAGAUGCUGGGCAAGAAUUGCUGCCGACACCAGCAGCAUUGGCAGAAGUUAUGUUGUCUACAAGGCAAAUGCUGAUUGAUCAAGCUGGAGAAUGUCUACUUCAACUUGCAAGACAACUGGAGGACCAAGCAAAUGUGACUGAUCCACUGGCACGGAUGUCCAUUCAGUCUACCGCUAUGAGAUCUGGAAUCUUACUUCAAAAUUUAGGUGCUCUUUUACUUGAACUUGGUCGGACAACAAUGACAUUGCGAAUGGGCCGUGCACCGUCUGAAGCUGUAGUUAAUGCUGGACCUGCAGUAUUCAUAUCCACAUCUGGCCCGAAUCCUAUAAUGGUCCAGCCUCUUCCAUUUCAACCGGGAACAAAUUUUGGUGCAAUCCCCAUGGGAGCUGUAAAUCCUGGUUCUGGUUUGGUAGGCGGAACUCUUGGUUCUGGAUUUCUCCCAAGGAAUAUUGACAUACGGAUACGCACAGGGUCUUCAAUCUCUACCGCCAGUACUAAUCAAGGGGAGCAGGCAGGUGUGCAGCAACCCCAGAUGCGGGCAGAUACACCAAGAAGUUCUGGUGGUGCAACAUUUGUCCACCAAGUAUCUUCAGGGGCGUCAGGUAAUCUACCCUUUACUGGAGAUUCUGGAGUACGGGUAGUACCCAUCAGGACUGUGGUUGCUGCAGUACCUGCUCCGAUCAGUCGACCACCAUCCAGUACUUCGGGUGGCUCAGUAGGCCUGUUCUAUCCACUUCUAGCAAGGGUUCAGCAUGUAACUUCUGGAAAUUCGAAUAAUGCAAGAGGUUCUCAAGUGGCCAGUGAACAUCAACCUGGUGCUCCUGAAACCAGGCAGCAGCCAGUCCCAGCAUUUUCAGUGCAAGAACAAAAUAUGGGUUCUAACAUUUUUGUUUCUGUUAGAGAUGGAAAUUCAGCAGCCACAGUGACUGAGCAUCAGCAAGGAAGCUUUCCAACUUCAAGUUCAAGACAACCUGAACCAUCCAAUUCAAGUAAUAACAUUCUACCAAGUGAUGGGACUCAAAGCGGCCACGGAACUUCAAAUCAGAUCCCCAACAGAUUGGAUGAGUUGCUGAGGACCAUUUUCCCUGGGGAGCAUAUUCGUGUUAGUGAUAUCAGCUUCCAACCCAUGGCUACGACUUCAUCCACUGAAAGUGCUGGGACAACCAGAGGUGCUGUGGAUGCAAGGGAGGCGGUGGCAGGAGUUGAUUCUGAUGAAGGACUCUUCUUCUCAAAUUUACUUCGACAAAUCAUGCCCUAUAUAUCUCAAAUUGGAGCUGCUGAGUCAAAUGUAUCGCUAGGAAGUGGAAAUAAUUCAGAGCAUACAACUGCUCAUGGUUCCUCUACACAAGCUGAGGAGAAUCCAGAUGUUGGGACGUCUUGUCAGCAUGGUGAUCCUCCAACUCCACCAAAUUCAAAGCGUCAAAAGAGAGAGUGAUCUGCCUGAAAAUGUUGAGCACUCGUAAAUACAUUUCCAUUGGAGUGAAGAUCAUAAUGAUGAUGCAGCAUAGAAGCAUUGCCGUGUUCAAUGAUGGAGUUAUAUUGGGAGGCAUGCGUUGGCGCCGUACUUGCUUGAUAUAUAUAUCUUGAAUUUGGUUUUCCAUUUGGCGUCGUUAGCAGGUGAUAAUAUUUGGGACCCCUCUCCCUUUCACUCUCGCUCUUUCUCUCUCUCAGGUUUAAAAUACUAGGGACAUUUUACAAUGAUGAAACAAUUUUUCUCUCUUCCUUUAGUUGAAUCGAUAUAUAACAGCAUGUAUGAUCUUGAGAUUUCGAAUCCAUAUGUACAUUGAGCACUUAAAAGACCUUCAUCCAUUACUGUUGGGGAAUUGAAUAUGUAGUCUUGAACUCCAAUUUUUGUGGUGGAUUUGAAAUAUUGUUGGAACAUUAUCUAGUAUGAGAAAUGGGCCCUUUCAAUCAGUUACAAGACA